GUGUGAAGUUGUGAAAAGUUGUCAACUAGAAAAAAGAAGAGUAACUCCUCCCGUCUUGAACAUUAUGAGCAGUAAGUCAAACAUCUUUUCCAGCCGAAAGUCUCCUUGCGGCGAAGCGUCGAGCCGCCCGAUAAACACCUCUUUGAAAAUCAGCAGCAGGGUGAAAUGGCCGCGGUGGAGAGCGGCGGAGGCUUCGGUCAAAAGAGAAACUCCCAAGACUCUCAGCAGCCGUCUCCACUGGCCUUAUUGGCAGCCACUUGCAGUCGCAUCGACACGCCAGGAGAGAACGACUCUCCCGGCGAACAACAGCAGCUGGAUAUGAGUCAAGGUGUCUUCACCUCUAACGCCAACGGCUGGCAAGUUGUCCCCAUCAGCGUGCAGGCGUCGUCGUGCGGCACCACGGUGACCACCGACUCUGCGGGCGCGCAGACCGGUGGCGAGGCCGCAAAGGGGAGAGGGGUGUUGUCCCCGUCGUCUUCGGUGGCCGUGAGCGCUCAGCAGCAGCAGCCGCAGUACGUUGUCACCCAGGCCCCGGCACUGCAGACCCCCCAGGUGCUCACCGCCAUCCCCGGUGUGAUGCCCAACAUCCAGUAUCAGGUCAUUCCUCAGUUCCAGACGGUUGACGGUCAGCCGCUGCAGUUUGGGCACACCCACCAAGAUUCCGGUGUCGCAGCCGCCGCCGGCGCUCCAGGACAGCAGUUCCAGAUCGUGUCCUCUGCCAACGGGCAGCAGAUCAUCGCCACCGCCAACAGAGGAGCCGGGGCGGGGAACAUCAUUGCCAUGCCCGGCCUCAUUCAGGGCCCCAUUCCCCUACAGAAUAUCACCCUGGGCAACGGCGUGUUGCAAAACCAGCCGCAGUUCCUGGCAAAUAUGCCCGUUUCGCUCAACGGCAACAUCACGCUGUUACCCAUCAGCACCGGAGCGAGCGCCACGACGGCAGAUGGGGACGCGAGCGCUGGCCAGCUCGUACAGCAGCAGGCCACAUCUUCCGGCGCCAGUUACAUGACCAGCGUUUCCACCGUCACCACGCCGACCUCUUCCUCGUAUGGGAUGGCGCAGAACAGUAAUGGAGCCGUGGCGGUGACGUACCAACAAAGCCCGUCUUCUCUGGGUGUCCCCAUACAGCCAGACAACAGAGAGCAACAGCAGCAACAACAACAACAGCAGCAGCAGCCACAGAUCCUCAUCCAGCCCCAGCAGGUCCUUCAGGGGGCGACGCCCCUCCAAACCCUCCAGGCUGGUACCAUCACGGCGGCGGGCGGUCAGGUCUUUGCCACCCCAACUCUUAGCCAGGAAGGGCUCCAGAACCUCCAAAUCAUGCCCAACACCAGCCCCAUCCUGUUACGCACGGUUGGCCCUAACGGCCAGGUCAGCUGGCAGACCCUGCAGAUCCAAAGUCCGGCGGGGGCGCAGAUCACGCUGGCCCCGGUGGGCCAGACUCAGGGAGCCUCCGCUGCGGGAGGAGUUUCUGUCAACACUGUGCAGAUCCCGGGACUCCAGACUAUCAAUCUCAACACGCUCGGCGGCUCGGGCCUCCAGAUGCACCAGCUCCAGAGUGUUCCCAUCACCCUCACCAGCACAGCAGCAGGAGAUCAAACGUUGCAGACUGGCACAGAAAGCUUGGAUGACAGCGCGGCCAUCGACGACGAGGACAUCAGCCCGCCACCGCAGGGACGCCGCAACCGCAGAGAGGCCUGCACCUGCCCUUUCUGCAAGGACGGAGAAGCACGCGACCCGACCAAAAAGAAGCAGCACAUCUGCCACAUGUCAGGAUGCGGCAAGAUCUACGGCAAAACGUCACACCUCAGAGCCCACCUGCGCUGGCACACGGGCGAGCGGCCCUUCGUCUGCGGCUGGUCCUUCUGCGGCAAGCGCUUCACGCGCUCGGACGAGCUCCAGCGUCACAAGAGGACGCACACAGGUGAGAAAAGGUUUGCCUGUCCAGACUGCCCCAAGCGCUUCAUGCGGAGCGACCACCUCUCCAAACACAUCAAAACACACUUCAACAAGAAGGGGGCGCUCCCCAGCAACAGCGUGGCCGCAGCGUCCGACACGCCGCCCGCCGCCCAGUCGCCGGAGGGCGAGGCCCUGUCGGCCGGCGACCAGCACUCCAUCGUCACCAUGGAAACGCUGUCCCCGGAGAGCAUAGCGCGGCUCGCCAGCAGCGGGAUCAACAUGGUGCAGGUGGACCUCAAUCACAUCAACGGCAACUACUGAGAGGAGC